AUAACUGUCACACACACGUCGUCUUGAAAAACACGUGUUGCGGCGUCGUAAAGCGUUAAUUUCUGAAAAUAAUAAAUUAAAAUGGGAAGAAAGGCAAAGUUUGAUGAAACCAAAAAAGUGAAAAAAGGCCCGGGCAGAAAAGCCAAAAAACAGCCGGACCCGGUGUUCAAAAAGAGUCUGCUGGAAGAUGAGGAUGAGCCCAAAAAACUAAGUCACAGGCAGAAGCAGCGUGCGGCCAGGAGAGUAAAGAAGAGGGCAGAGAUAGCAGAAAAGAGGAAGACAUUGAAAGAGGCCAAAAAGAAUGUUGCCAAACAAAAAGAAGUCACUCUCAGUGACGCAGAAGACAGCUCAGAGGAAGAACAUGAAGAAGUACAAGGUUUCACUGAUGAUAACAAGGAAUGGUUGAAGCCAAAACAGAAAGGCAAGGGCAAGCAAGCAGAGGAUUCAGACAGUGACAGCGGCCAUGAUGGAGGUUCGGACGUUGAAGAGGAGAGCGACAGCGACGGAGAUGCAAAGGCUCAGUCUGAGAAAUAUAAGGUUGGAACUCUAGAUGAUCUAUUUAAUGAUUCUGAUCAAGAAAAUGGAGAUGCAUCAUCAGGCGAUGAAGAAGUUUCUUCUUCAAACAAAUUAGCUUACAACUCUGAUUCUGACGAAGAGAAAAGUGAUGAGGAUGAUGAUGAUGACGACGAAGACAUGCUGCCUAUAGAAAAAGCUAAUAUUAAACUUAAGAAAAGACAAAAGUUGGAUAAGCAACUUGCUGAUGAAGAAAUGCAGCUGAAUAUUGCAAAGCAAGAUGUAUUUGCAUUCCCUUCAGAAGAGGAAUUGUUGAACCCGACUAGCUUACAAGAUGUCCAUCAAAGAAUCAAGGAUGUUGUCACCGUCUUAGGCGAUUUUGGUAGACUUAAGGAAGAGGGACGAUCAAGAUGUGAGUACACUGAGCUUCUUCUCAAAGACUUGUGUAUGUACUACAGCUACAAUGAGUUUUUAAUGGAGGUGCUCAUGCAGAUAUUCCCUGUGCAAGAAUUGGUUGAGUUUUUGGAAGCCAGUGAGAUUGCAAGGCCAGUGACAAUAAGAACAAACAGUCUAAAAACCAGAAGAAGAGAUUUAGCUCAAGCUCUCAUUAACAGGGGAGUUAAUUUGGACCCUGUAGGUAAAUGGAGUAAAGUGGGCCUGGUUGUUUACAGUUCCACAGUACCAAUUGGUGCCACACCAGAAUAUUUGGCUGGCCAUUAUAUUUUGCAAGGAGCAUCUAGUUUUCUGCCAGUCAUGGCAUUGGCUCCUCAGGAGAAUGAAAGGAUUUUGGAUAUGUGUGCUGCCCCAGGAGGAAAGGCUUCUCAUAUUGCUGCUAUCAUGAAAAAUACUGGAGCAUUGUUUGCUAAUGAUGCUAAUAAAGAAAGAACAAAAGCUGUGGUUGGUAAUUUCCACAGACUCGGUGUUGUUAAUGCUAUUAUUUGCAAUUACGAUGGGAGGGAAUUCCCUAAUGUUAUAAAAGGAUUUGACAGGGUCUUGUUGGAUGCUCCUUGCACUGGCACUGGAGUUAUUGCGAAAGAUCCGAGUGUUAAGACGACAAAAGAUCAAAAAGACAUUCAAAGGUGUUUCAACCUACAAAGACAGCUUCUUUUGGCUGCCAUAGACUGCUGUAAUGCUAAAUCCAGCUCAGGGGGCUAUAUUGUCUAUUCUACUUGUUCAAUAUUGCCAGAAGAAAAUGAAUGGGUGGUUAAUUACGCACUGAAGAGGAGAAACGUAAAAUUGGUUCCAACUGGACUUGACUUUGGCACGGAAGGAUUUGUUAAAUACAGACAUCACAGAUUCCAUCCAUCGCUAAAACUGACUAGACGAUUCUAUCCACACACUCAUAAUAUGGAUGGCUUUUUUGUUGCAAAACUCAAGAAGUUCUCAAAUGUUAUUCCUGAACCAGUGAAAGAUGAGGAAGACGAAGAAGUGGAAAAUAAAGAAGGUGAACGUACUGAAGAAAAUGACACACAAGUGACAGACGACAGCCAAUCAGAAGAGCAAACUCAACCAAACCACAAAAAUAAAGGGCCUGUAAAACGAGCUGCUGUAUCAAAAGGAAAUGAACCACCCAAGAAGAAAAACAAAAAUGUUGGAGAAAAAAGUGGGACAAAUCCAGUGGCAACACCAAGUAACAACAUGAAAACAAAUAAAAAUAAGAAAAACAAGAACAAAAAUGUAGGCAAAGCUUCAAAUGACCAAGGCGAGACCAAUGAAACGAAAAGUGAUAAUAAUACAGGUAAACCCCAACACGUUAAACACAAUGAAAAUCAAAAUAAACCAAUAAAUCCUGGCAAGAAAGGUAAAGGCAAUAAAAAUACAGACAAAAAGGCAAAUGGGCCAGAGAAAACUGAACAAAAAGUAGUUCAAAAAACUGUUGUUUCUGAAAAAACUGAGGAAAAACUUAAUACUAGUCAAAGUCCUAGCAAAAAGAAGAAGAAUAGGAAAAAUAAAAACAAAAAUAAAAAACAGCAAGACUCAAACAAACCAGAAAUAAAAAAAAUAAACAACAAAACUGAAGUUCCAGAAAAAGUACAAGUUGAAGUGGCAAAGAAACUGAAGAAUAAAUUAAAGAAAGGAAAGAAACAAAUUGGUAAAUUGAAUACAAAUAAACCAGCGAAACAAGGGAAUGUACAAAAGAAAAGAUGAAAUACUUAGUUGGAAUAAUUUAUAUGUAAUUAAUAUUGUUAGUUUUACUAAUAAAUAUAUUUUAAUCAUAA